AUGUGGUAUCCUCCGUCGGUCUUGGUGCCGUGUUACUUAGAGCCCUACUCACGCAGACCUUCAGAUGUGUCUACCACAAUGAUGUGGCAGAUGAGACCGUUUGAACAACAACUGUACCUUGCAACGAACGGAAUAAUAGGUUUUCGAGACUGUCCCUUGUAUGUGGAGGAUGGAAGGAAAUUCCUGUUGAACAAGUCUGUGUUUGAUCUCAUAAAUGUCAGUCAUUUUCUGGAGUUGACCGAUCCAAAGUUGCUUGGCUGGUAUCUUUCCCUACCAGCAGAAGACCGGAAACUGAUACAAGAAGAAGGAGGAUUUUUCCAAUUUCUGCAAAGACAUCCUGCUCUUGAAGUAACUAGGCAUAUUGUUCACUUGAAACGUAAGUUAUCAAGACACCCCAUGUUCUAUGGUACAUUACAGUGUCUAAACUGUGGUACAAGUUGUUCAUCUGGGGCAAAGAAAUGCAGACGCUGUAACACACCCAUCUUAAACCCGGAGAAAAACGUUUGCAUAUCAGAGGAAGAAAAAUCGCUCGGCUUGCUACCAAACAGCGUGAAAGAGGAGCUGAAUCUCUUGAAAGCUGAAAGAAAUAAAGUAUCCAUGAGGAGCCUUGACCAGUUAGACUACAUUAAGAACACCUCAGAUACUUCGUCUGCUCCUUGGAUCGCCUCUGCAAACAGGUGCCAGCAAGCUUUAGAUGAUACCCAUGUAGCACAGAACAGUCCAUACCAGCAGGAGACAUACUCUACUGAGGCACAGUAUUUGUCUCAGCUGUGGGAGGAAGGCGUGUGGAAUGAUGGGACUGAUGUCAAAGUCUUUAAAGAUCCCGUGCCACAGGCAAACUCCUCACUGGACAUGGAGCUUGAGAGGCAGAAGAGUGACCAAGACCAAGGACAUGCUCUCAUUGACACCAGUGCAGAUUUUCCUCAUUUAAAUCAGGAAACCCCACCGGAGUACUACAGUCUGAACAGCACUGGGUUGGAGCAAACAUCUGCUCAAUGGAGUGAUGCCACUGAGUCACUGCAGCCAGGCCACAGUGACUCCCUAAUGGCCACUAAAGACAGCACUGAAGUGUCCAGCAUUGAUGAGCCUGUAGAGAAUCCAGCUGCUCCUGGUCCUGAGAAUUGCACCUUUCCUGAUUCUGUAUCUUGCAACUCCUCUGAGUGGACAGACUACACAGAGGAUUACCAAGACCUCGGCAAUGAGGAUGACUCAGGAUGUGAUCCAAAGACAGAUGAAUAUCAUAGUGUAGUUGAUGAAGGUCCUUCAAGUUCAGGAGCACUUGUCAGCAAUCCCAGUUUGUCAGGAUCAGGCUCUGGCUCUACACAGUGUACUCCUGCAAGGGUGUCUGCAUCUGUGGAGACUUGUUUGCCCUCAGGCCAGAGUGAGCUUAACAUCAAGUCCACCAGAUCAUGUCAGAAAUGUGAGGGUACUCCUUUUCCCCUUAGCGUGAGCAAGGCAGUGGAUGCCACUGGUGACUUCAGGUCUUGCUUUACAUCUACUCAGGCAACAGAAGUUGGCCAGAACACUUUUGUGAAACCUUGCCGAGAUGUCGCUCUUGGUACUGAGUCAUUCACUGUUAACUGUGAGCAGGAGACACAGACACUUCAAGUGUCCACUUCUGAGAAAUGUGUCAUUACUGAAGUCCGCAUGUCUGACCUGGAUGUUCUUUCUGAGGAAUUUGAGUACCUGAAAAUGAUGGAAGAGGAACUGAAAUAUUUGAAAAAGAAAAUUGCAAGGUAACAGAGUAUUCAGCAUCCAGGCUGUGACGAAGGGCCUGGCAGCACGAGGCAGAGGAAUGACUGUGGUUGUGAUGCUGUCCAUCGUGCAAGACGGGCUGAGCUGCAUCUACUGGCUUUGCAGUUUGUCAUGUGCCAGCAGCACUGCUGGAGGUGCUUUUACACGUCUCCACUGGGUGAGACUGCACUUCAGAGGACUGAAGCACUGCCAGGUGUGAUGUUGCAGACCCUCAAGACACUGGAGGAUGAUUACCUCAAGAUGAAGAGGAAGAUCUUGGGAGGGAUUCACCUUGAUGACCUUAAGCCAUUGUCUGUGGACACUUGCAGAAUAACUACAGGAACACGUUACAGGCCUGCUUUGGUGGGGAGUUCACAUGUUUUUGAGGCCUAUUUAGGAGGAGAUCCACUUAAGGAGACGUCCAGCUCUGGUGAUCUUGAUGCUGAGGACCAGCUUGACCAAGCCAGUCAGGAUAACGCUGCCACAUCAUUCGAAUCUAAAGGUGACAGCAGUAAGAGAUGCAGAGCUGUGUAUGUCCUUAACCAGGAAUCGGGGGUCUCUAGUGACACUAAGCCUGGUGUUCUUAAAGACCUCAACAGCAGUGAGGCGUGGUUUGACGCAGAGGAAGAGCUUGGGUGUGAUAACCGGUGUUCUAAGGAGAAGAAACAAACAGGACAGAAUGACAGAGGGGACAUAAAGAUGGAACAUAAAGGUGACAGAGAUGGGAAUGCAGAUCAAAGUUCCUUGCUGUAUGUCACUGACCUACCAAGUAAUGUUACUGAGUGUGAUUUGCUGCUUUGGUUUGAGCGGUUUCAUGCCAGUCAAGUGACCAUCACCACUUUCAACAAAAACAGGGCUGCAGUAGUGAUUGUAAAAAGCCCCAGUGAUGCAGAGAAAGCAGUAAGGGAGAUGAAUGGUCAAUCCAUUCGAGGCCACACUCUCCAUGUGGAACACAUCCACAGGUCUGCAGCAGGCGGUCAGGGCCCCAUCAAAGUGCCCUGUGCUGAAUGUUUCCCAGCUGCCUGUAAAGCCGGGCCUGUAGGGGAAGAAUUGCGCAUGCAUGGCUUACAGAAUGAUUUCCAGUGCUCCAGACCACUCCGCUGCAGUUUGGACAGGCUGAUCAAUAUAGACAGUAAGCCCACUGCAUCUGGUACCUGUGUGCCACAGCACUAUGCCACCAUGGGCAGCUUUGACACGCUCAUGGCCCGCUUAUCGGAGCGUCACCCGAAGGUGAGCCGACAGAGGAUCGUUGUUGCGUUGCUGGAGUUACGAGCUAAGCACCAGGGCUCCCUUAGCGGCCUACCCCUGAAAGCUAUAGCGGACAUGGCCUCUGACCUUCUCACUCAGCAAGCCGCAACAAAAUGA